GUCCGCGGGCAGCGGCGGCGGCGGCUCCGGUUUUUCACGGGAGUGCGAGGGGAGCUCCGGCUGAGGGCAGGGGUCGGGCUGGCGGGGAGCUGCGGGGCAGGCCAAGCCAGUAGGCGGCGGCACCACCUGGACGCGGGAGCGGCGGCACCGCCCGCCCGCCCGGCGGGGAGGGGAAGGAGGAGGCGGAGGCGGGGGGAGCGGAGCCGCCGCGCGCUGCCGCAUGUGCCUGGAGCGGCGCCGGAGCGGGCAGCGCGAGCCAUGGCGGAGCACGGCGGCCCCGCCAUCCCCAACGGCGAGUGCGCCGCCCGCCGCCCCGGCAACAGGGUCACCGUCGUGCUGGGCGCACAGUGGGGCGACGAGGGCAAGGGCAAGGUGGUGGAUCUACUGGCGCAGGACGCCGACAUCGUCUGCAGGUGCCAGGGAGGCAAUAAUGCAGGGCAUACUGUUGUUGUGGAUGCUGUGGAGUAUGACUUUCACCUUCUGCCAAGUGGGAUCAUCAAUCCAAGAGUCACUGCAUUCAUUGGAAAUGGCGUUGUAAUUCAUUUGCCAGGACUCUUUGAAGAAGCUGAAAAAAACUUAAAGAAAGGAAAAGGGCUAGAAGGCUGGGAGAAAAGACUAAUAAUUUCAGACAGGGCUCAUAUUGUGUUUGAUUUCCACCAAGCUGCUGAUGGCAUCCAAGAACAACAGAGGCAGGAACAAGCAGGAAAGAAUUUGGGAACUACCAAAAAAGGAAUUGGUCCAGUAUAUUCUUCAAAGGCAGCUCGAAGUGGACUCAGGAUGUGUGAUCUUGUUUCUGAUUUUGAUGAAUUUUCUGAGAGGUUCAAAGUGUUAGCCAAUCAGUACAAAGCAAUAUAUCCUACCUUAAAGAUAGAUAUUGAAGGGGAAUUGGAAAAGCUCAAGGGCUACAUGGAAAAAGUAAAACCAAUGGUAAGGGAUGGUGUUUAUUUCAUGUAUGAGGCUUUACAUGGACCACCAAAGAAGAUCUUAGUAGAAGGUGCAAAUGCAGCACUGCUGGACAUAGAUUUUGGUACAUAUCCUUUUGUGACUUCAUCAAACUGCACAGUUGGAGGUGUGUGUACUGGUCUGGGCAUGCCACCACAGAAUGUUGGGGAAGUGUAUGGAGUUGUGAAAGCAUAUACAACAAGAGUUGGAAUUGGUGCCUUUCCCACAGAACAAGAUAAUGAAAUUGGAGAAUUGCUGCAACUGAGAGGUAAAGAGUUUGGUGUUACCACUGGUAGAAAGAGAAGAUGUGGCUGGCUGGACCUGGUGUCACUCCGAUACGCCUACAUGAUUAAUGGAUUUACUGCAUUGGCACUUACCAAAUUGGAUAUCUUGGAUGUAUUUCCAGAAAUCAAAGUUGGCGUUGCAUACAAACUAGAUGGUGAAAUCAUACCUCAUUUUCCUGCCAACCAGGAGGUCUUAAAUAAAGUAGAGGUUCAGUAUGAGACACUCCCAGGAUGGGAUACGGACAUAUCAAAUGCAAGGGCGUUUGACGAGCUGCCUGUAAAUGCACAAAAUUAUGUUCGCUUUAUAGAAAUGGAGUUGGGUGUUCCUGUUAAAUGGAUUGGAGUAGGGAAAUCCAGGGAAUCAAUGAUCCAGCUGUUUUAAAGAUUUCAGAUGCAUGGAAGAAAGCACACUCCUCAAAAGACUGCUCAUUCUUAAAUGCAUUAGUAGCCCGCAAAGCAAAGAUGUUGGAAAGAUAGAUUUUUGCAUGGAAAGAAAUGCUAGAGUUGAUACCCCCAAAUCAAUUGCUACUCCUGAAAGAGACUUUAACAUGAACGUUUAUCAAUUCUUGUUCAACUGCAAUUUCCAGGACACUUGUCGUUGUUGUUCAAGGUGCCAUCAGAUUUUUUUUUCUUUACCAAAUACUUCAUAAUGUAAUUCCUGUUUGAAAAUCUAAGGUAGCAUUGCUUUCAUGACUGUUUGUCUUUGUUAUCCUCUCUCUGCUUUUGGCGGUGUUACUUCCCUGAAAUUUUAGACAGUAAAAAUAAUGCAGUUUUGCACAGAUAGUUUUACAUCCUCAUUAUUUGUAUUCCUAAGGCUGUUGUAUUCUAAAUGACUGCUCUUGUGAGUAAUUAAAGAGGGGGAGUCCGAUUUUAUAAUGCUAUAAA